UAAAUUAUGUAGAAAAAUCAACGGAAUGAACUAAUUGUUGAGCGAUUGAAACUAUUUAGUUUGGUUUAUAAUUGAAAUCACCAAACAGUUUAUGCCGGUCAAUGUUUAUUUUAUAUUUUUUAUUUUUUUUUUAAAUAUUGAUAUUGAUAUUGUGGAGUUUUGUUCAUUAAUUAAAUGCAAACUAACAUAUACAGACUAUUAUAUUUGUGUUUUAGACAUAGCAGACCUUAUCACAUCGUACGUGAAAUCACUCAAUCAGGAUAGUCCUAUACAAUGUGAGGACGCUUAUGCACAAGCAUCUGCCCAACGCAACGAACGAGUUUUACACAAAGUUAUAAAAGAGUUCAAAACAGAUAUGGAAAAGUCUAGAAAUCUCAAAAGCAAGACACAUCUUCAGGAUAUGUUUCUCAGGCAAUUUGAGCAAACUCUUACGAAGUACCGUGCUGAUUCACUUCCGUACCGUCAGGAAGAAUAUGAAGGCAGAGCAACGGACGAAAUGAAGAAACAUGUUGACAUGCUUAACGCAGAACUGAGUCAGGCAUGCCAGAAAGUGGGAAAAGAGAAAUUGUCAAAAAUGUAUGAUGAAAUGCUGGAGAAGAAUAGCCCUCGUCAUCUGACGUCUGACGGCUACAGGCAUUACGAGGAAGAUAUGAACAAACUUAAAGAAGUUUUUUUUGAAGAAAUGAAAGAUUACGAUAAAGAUGAACUUUACAUCUGCUUGGAAGCCUUUAAAAAGAGCAAGAAUGAUGACAAAAUGACGCUUUACCGUGCUGAAACAGGACGCUAUGGCUCAAGUCAAUACAAUGCAAUCCAUGACAAAAUUAACAAGAAAAUGAAUGAAAAAUUUGAGCGCGUUCUUCAAAAUGAGAUUCAAAAGAGAAACAAGCUUCUGGAAGAAGAAUUGAAGAUACUUCGAGCUAAGUAUAAAGACCUCAGUAAAUCUGUCGAGUCCAGGAGCUGGUGUUCAGUAAUGUAA